AUGGAUGGAAUGUUUCUUGCGGCUGUUUCAGAAACGAUUCUUGUGGCUGCUUCGAGACUAGUUGUGGUUGCUGUGGAACUGGCUGUGGAAAUGGGUUGUUGGCCAAUGCCGAUGCGGCAGCCAGUCUCCAACUGCGCAACAACAUUGAUCACCGUACCCACAACCGGUUUCUCUCAUCAUGUGUUUCCGGGCGGAGCGAACGAUGGCGCAGUGAUCCUCCUCCUCGUUGUAGGGGACGCGUCGUUCGUGGUGGCGCACAAGAAGGUGAAGUUGUCCCGCCCCGGCCCCGGCGUCGAGCGCCUUGCGGUCACCCUUGACCUCUACAACCAGGGCUCCACAUCAUCGUGUUUUGUGUUAUGUUAUAAUGUUGAGUUCAAGGAGCUUAAAAGCUUAUUCUCACUUUUGAAGGAGGCAUAUUCAUGGCCCGUCGACCUUCCAUUCGAUAUUCUCGCCGAGAGACCUCCACAACACAAGUUUGAAUUGGUUAGUUAUCAAGUUAUCAUAUCACUUCAUGAUUCUAAUGUUUCAUCUAGCGCACUGUUGGCUAAAAGACCAAGCAUUCGCUUGAAGAGAAUUCUUGGGAAAUAUGGGCCGCUGGCAUCUGUCGUCUCCUUUGUUGGCGUGUUUAUCUACCUGGUCGCAAGCCCAUCGAAAUCUGGUGCUGCGAAAGGAGGCAAGAAGAGACGCUGGAACUGUCUAGUUGAUCGGAAUGUACUCUAUCUUUUUUGCAGGAAAAGAAAGAGAGUAAAUCUGACUAAAUCUAGUUGAUCGCAAUGUACUCUAAUGGCUAACGCAACCAGGAUCAUACCUGACUAAAUCUGACCAGAAGAAUAUAUUUGGUAGACCAUAAAUCUUUUGUGUUUUUUGCCUUGCAAUGAUGGAUGGUGGCACAAUAUCCUUUCAACAGUGAAUAGUUGCACAAGAUAUGUGACUUGUCGUGGAUAUUUUGUCCAAUUAA